AUGGAGAAUAACUUUGUCGCUUUGGUUUAUCAAGAUUCACCAACAAAGAAAGAAGCUCGCUUAUAUGGACAAGAUAUGAAUAAUCCGUCAGAAUCUUCUUCACCACUCAAAUGCAAGUUCAAAUUCAACUUGAACAACUCAAGGGUCAACAAUUCAGUGAAUUUGGCUCAUUUGGUGUCAAAUGAAAUAAACCACAUUGAUGGUUUAUGGAGAAUGUACAAUAAGGCUAAGGACUCCUUACCCUAUAAGACAAGAAUGGAGAAUCUUACUUGGAGAAUGAUGUUUAUAACAAAUCGCAACGAUUCGUUUCAUCUAGGGAAUAGAAGCUAUAACGAUGAGCUGAGGAAUAGAAGCUAUAACGAUGAGCUGAGGAAUAGAAGCUAUAACGAUGAGCUGAGGAAUAGAAGCUAUAACGAUGAGCUGAGGAAUAGAAGCUAUAACGAUGAGCUGAGGAAUAGAAGCUAUAAUGACUAUUCGCAACUAAAUACAAAUAGAAAAUCAGAGAAUCAACUUGGUGGUCUCAUGCCACACUCAACUACUACUGCAAAGCCGCCACACCAUGCUCGCCAACAUAAACAAAAUUAUCACAUCUUUGCAAAUAAAGACCAAAAUCUGAGUACAUUGUUACCUCGUCAUCCUUACCACCAAAGAAAUAAUACCUCUGACCCAAACGUGGUGGAAGAAGAUUUUGAUUAUGUUGCUCAUAUUAGAAAAAUGGAAUCCCACAUCAACAAGAAUAAUGAUGACUUUGCUAAAAGCAACACUAGUAUCUUCCGAGGAAGUAAAAUAGACGAGCAAUACAAAGAGGAGGAAAAGGAGGAGAAGGAGGAGGAGGAGGAGGAGGAACUACUAAACAAUGGAGGAGGUAUGACCUCAAUUAGUAAUGUUUCUAGAAAACGAGCAGCUCCAUCCCUACAGGUUGUUACUGAGCUAAAACUACAAUCAUUUCCUCAACAAUUUGACAAUUUCAACCAAAUGAAUUUUUUAAAUAAUACUAGUUCUAGUCCUGAUCCAAUACAUGAUCAGCAAAGCAUACAUCAUGAUCAUCAAUAUAUGGACUUACGACUGAGUCACCUCCAUUAUCCUCAACAAUCUUCGUUUCAAUUCUCAUUAGAUCCCCUUGCAUUUGAAGGUCCCAACACGAAUUUCCAAAAUUUCCAACCCAAAUCGUCCUUUCUGAGUAGUAUAGCGUCGUCGUUUUAUGAAAAACCGUUAUUUGAUGACUAUAUAAACCCUUCAGACGGACACAGGCUUACUUCUUCAUCCUUAAUCCCUACAAUCACGCCGUCAACUACGCAAUUUUCGUCAUCUUUACCAGGCCAAACAUUCUACGAUCCACGUAAUAGUAUAGCAAGUCAAUACAAAUCAACUGAUAUCUUAGCAUCAACACCCUCAAACAAUCUAGUACGUCAAGAAUCAUUUGUAUCAUUACCUGAAUAUAAUACAGACCAAAACGAUGAGCAAAGCUAUGCUGUUCUCAAUGCUCAACUACGCAAUGACUCAUUUUUCGAGCGUGGACAAUCUCCCUUGGCUACAAAUGAUGGGAAUUUUAUCCUCCCUAGCCAGUCCGACAUAGUGUCUGCCAAAAGAUUGAGAAAACAAAAACUGGCGAAACAGGGGAACAGUAAAGUUAUAAAAAGGGGGAAAUCUGUGUCCGUUUCAGCUUCCGGUUCCGAUUUUGAGAGUCGCAACGCAGUCACAACGGUCAUGGACACUGGCGCUGGCGCUGGUGCUGGCGCUGGUGCUGGUGCUGGUGUUGGUGUUGGUUCAAGUGCAAGUGCAAGUGCAGGAGCCAACGACUCCAACACGACAAGCGGCGUAUCAUGUUCAAAUUGUGAUACGAAAACAACGCCAUUAUGGAGAAGGAACCCAAAAGGACAACCACUAUGUAAUGCUUGUGGGUUGUUUUUGAAACUACAUGGAGUUGUAAGACCAUUGAGUUUAAAGACAGAUGUCAUUAAAAAGCGUCAACGUGGAGCUAGUAAUAAUGGUGUCGGUGCCAAUGCUACGAAAAGUGGUGGAAAUAACCAAAUAAGCAAGAAAGAAAUGAAAAGUGAUGGAGAUGAUUUAAACCCAACUUCAUUUAGAAAAUGUAGUGUUACAGCUACACCUACAGGUACAAUCACAGCCAUAACUACAGCUGCAGCUACUUCUACAGUAUCAACCGUGUCUACUUUAAGAAAACCACGUCGACCAAGCAUGAAGAAGAACAGAUCCAAUACAAAAUUAACCGAUAUCAAGCUUGCCAAAAAUAUUGAGUCUAGUCUUGGGAUAAGUUCAACAUCCUUGCCGGCAUAUGUCAACGCUAAUGCAUCAUUCAUAAAUACUACAAACAGUGCGCUUCAUCUACAGCACCACAAUGAUGAUAAACUCACACAAAAAUCAUCACCAAUUAUCAACCAAAAUGAAUUUGGAUUGCAUACACCAAUAGUCAGUCAAAACUUUAAUCAAAUGGAUAACUCCCCAGUGAACCACACUCAGAUGAUGAUGGUCGAUGACAAUGUGAACUCGCAUCUAAGCUAUGGUGUUGGAGCUAGUGGCAUUACCACGGGGAGCGGUGCAACUGCCAACAAUGGUAAUGAAUGGGAUUGGUUAAGCAUGGAUUAUUGA